AUGGGUCUUGCCGACUGUGGUAUUCCUGAAGAAAAGCUUCCUCCAUGCUGGUCAGACGAUGUCCGAAUGAACGCUCUUUUUGCACCUUUUCGGUUAAAAUCUGCAAAUCCCGAGUCAUGGGAAAUGAAAAUGAAAUUUUGGUCAGAUAUGGUUAGACAAUGGUGUCGGUUUAAAGUCGAUCCUAUAGUGUCUGCAGCAGACGUAAGAUUCGUCUUCCAGAGGAGGGGCAGGACUGCUGCCUGCAUAGAUAUAGUUAUUGAAGAAAUGUAUAGCUCAGGAGAACUCUCUCCUAUGUCCAAAUACCAACAAAUUCUAUACAAUGGUCCGGAGGGAUGGGUAAAAUGGGGUGCACGUCUGGCAUUCAGGCCAGCUGCCUUUGCCUUAACAGCUGUCACAUCACUACUUCCAGCAAGACAAGUCAUGGACUCUAACGGUCUGCCAAAAGCGAGUAUAGAUCCUACACAGAGAUUUGUAUUGGAAAGUGCAGUUAGGGAGCAAGCAACAGACCUUCUAAACAGCUUUCCUCCAGGUGCAGAACGUAUUGGUACUAUAGAGGAGCUGAUGAGGACCUGCGGUUAUACUAACAAAGAAGUCUUUGAGGUGCUGUUGGGUUACUUGGUGUCUCAAGGCAUGUGUGUAAAGAGUGGAGAUGUAGUCAAACUUGCGGAGCCCAAUAAGAAAGUGACGCCGGUGUCAGAGUUAGACGAAGCGCUAGUCAAGCUGAUGUCGGCCGAGACGCGACUGUCGGCGGACGCGACGCGACUGUCGCGCGACGUUUCUGUCGCAGAUGGGGAAGCGAGAGCGGCCAUGAAGUUAGGGAAUAAAGUUAUGGCCAAAAACUAUUUGAGGAGAAAACUCAGAGCCCAACAACGUUUAGAGAAAUGUGAAGCGGCCCUCGAAAAUAUUAAGGAGCUUCUACAACAGACGCGUAACACUGACAUCAAUAAUGUUGUCGUUGAUACAUACAGAAAAAGCUCACAAGCCAUGAAACAGAGUAUGAAAGAAGGCGGUUUAGAAGAAGAUGCAGUCUUUGACACCAUGGAUGAACUUAAAGAGGUGAUGGAAAGCUAUAACGAAGUAGAGAAGGCCUUGAGUGGUAACAUAGAUGACUUGGACACUACGGACUUGGAGCAAGAGUUGAGUGAUCUGUUGUCGGGGUCAGGCAACACUGGUGGUACUCCGGGUAAAGCGAAGGAGAAAACUCCACAACCAAACCUUCCAUCCCCCCCAUCGACCCUCCCCCAAGGGAAGAGGGAAAGGGAUUUCGUCUUCGAUGGAGAGGAACAGAUGCUUGCAGAAUUGAACAACCUGGGUGUGGAAGAUGGUCCUCGGGCAGCGCUGGCUGAGGCUUUGGAAGCAUCUCUGAAGUCGAAACCGAAAGAGGAAAAAGAGAAGCCCUCCCAAGCCUGGUAUCCGCCGUCGUCCGAGUCUCUAUCAAGCACUUCGCAGACGUGGUCGAGUGAAUUGGACGAGACCUUGGCCAAUAUGGCCAAGGAGUAUGUGGAAUUGCGCCAAGAUGAUAGGAUACAUCCAGGUCAGUCGCUAAACGUAGAUUUCACAACUCCCCCACGCCACUACGGCAACGAGUUCCAGGUGAGGGACCACAAUGAGGGGGACGGGGUGUGGCUGUACAGCAGUCGGGAUGAGUUCUCGGCUAGCACUUCGUAUUCUAAUUCAGAUAGUCCGGGGAAGAAUAGCACUAAGUUUCAAAUGGCGCCCGGCGGAGAGAGAAAGAAAGCCGACCCGUGGCCCAGAGAUGACAGCGUAGAGGAUUUAGAGGAUAGGUUAAAAAACUUAAGAGGCCUCAACUUA